CUUGGCUGAGUAGGUUUCCUCGGCCCCCUCAGUUUGUGAAAUGUGUUGUGAAAUGUUUUUGACUCUGUUCACACUCUGUACCAGCCUCUGUGGGGCAACGGGCUGACGAGGAAGAUCCUCCCGCGGGAGACAUAAAUACCCGACAAAGAUCAUUCCUCCUCGGACACUUUAUGAAUGAAGGUCUCGCGUCGGGACUGACCUGUCUGCAGAAAAAAAGGAAGAACGUGAAAAGAGGAAGUUUCAAACUUCAAGAGUUUGGAAACUUUCCACGGUGUGGUCACACAGACUUCCCCCCUCACUCUGAUUUAACCACCAAACCCACAGAUAUUUUUAACAGUCAAAUUUAAGAAUAAUCCUCAAUAAACUUCAAGGUUUUUCUGACCGAGUCACCAAAAUGACCUCAGAGCCAAACUUCACCACCCCCACUGCCGGUGGUGGCUGCCCACCUGUCGGUAUUGGGCUGGAAGGUAAGAUCAUGCCACCCGUCCUCAUCAUCGACGUCAUUCUGGGGCUGCUGGGAAACCUGGUCGCUCUGUGGAUCUUCUGCUUCAAACUGAAGGCAUGGAACCCCAACAGCAUCUUCCUCUUCAACCUGGUUAUCGCAGACUUCCUCGCUCUAGUGAGUCUACCUCUGAGGAUCGACGCCUUGCUCAGGAGUCACUGGGUGUUUGGAGACGGCAUGUGCCGGAUCAACCUCUUCCUGAUGUUUUCCAACCGCUCGGCGAGCAUCGCACUCAUGACCGUGGUGGCAAUUUAUCGCUACUUUAAGGUGGUCCAUCCUCACCACCGCUUCAACCGCAUGACCAAGCGACAGGCGGUGUUCGUGUCGCUGUUUGUCUGGCUGCUGGUCAUCACCCCCCGGGUUCCUAUGCUGGCUUACAACCACAUCAAGGGCAGCGGCAACACAACCCAGUGCUUCUUCUUCACGUCUUACAAAGAGGCGUCGCGGGCCAUCAUCAUCCUGGUCGCCAUGCAUCGCAUCCUCACCGUGCUGGAGUUCAUCUUCCCGAUGGCCAUGCUGCUGUUCUGCUCCAUCCGGAUCUCCAGCUUCCUGAAGGAACGACGUGUGGGCAAACCCGACAAGGUGCGCAAGGCGAUGCGAGUGUGCGUCGCCAUCGUUGCAGUAUUCAUGGUAUGCUUUCUGCCCACCACGGUGACAACCAUCGGAGUGUGGAUCAUCCGCUCGUACCGCCCGUGGGACUGCACCAGCUUCUACAGAUUCACCCAGCUCAGCAUCGUGUCUCUGGGGCUGAACUUCCUGAACUCAGCCCUGGACCCCAUCAUCUAUGUCUUCUCCAGCUCCAUGUUCAGGACGGCCCUGGUGGGUGCACUGCCCCGGGCACUGCGCUGUGGGCAGGAAGCCGAGGACAACGCGACGUCUUCUUCUGGAACUCAGACGACAACCCAGGAGGAGAUGAAAUCCAUGAGGACUGAUAGAGGAAGCGAGGCGAAAUAGUAAACUGCUCCUUGCUAAUAAAGACUAAACCAAGCAGUGAAAACUUUUCCCUGCUCUGAUUUCCUUUAUUUUUGUAUAAUUUUGCAUAAAGUUAUAUCUUUGGCUUGUUUUCUGAUGAAUCUGAAAAUCUGUCGCAUAACCAUGUAAACAUAUAUUCAGUCAAGUUUGAAAUAUUUUUCCUGUUGAACUCUUUAAAUGUAAGUGUCUGGUGCUAUAUUUUUUAUAUGUUUUUUUAAAAUUUUGAUAAAAUAAAUUACAUUAAAAACAGAAAUAAAAAAACAUCACUGAGGUCUCAAAACCUGCAGUUCCUCUGACGUCCAGCAGAGGCUCCAGUAGUGAGCCAGUCUCCAUACAGCAGAAGAAAACAUGUUUACAGCUUGACACUGAAACUGUUUUGGUCUCUGUGCAUAAGUCAGCUUAAAAUGUUUUUAUAAUUUACGUGUUUGAAUUGAAUUAAGUAUAUUCAGUAAUUUUUUUUAGGUUAUUUAAUAGAAAAAAGGAUUCUGCACUCCUAAAUAUACAGAAUCCUGUUGUUCUGAUUUGCUGCUAUAUAAAUAAAGCUGAACUGAAAUCCUGCAGCUUUCAAAGGCAAACAAACACUGAGGCUUAAACAUCACCAGAAGUUUGCAUUUUUCCUGUUUGGAUUUUACAUACAAUUUAUUCCCACCACAUAAUGGAAACCAGUGAUCAUUUUGAAAGAACACAUAGCAGGACAUAGUGCCUGCAGACAACCUUUUCUCAUCAGCAGUUCUAAAAUAUCAGAGUUCUGCAGAGGCCUCGUAUCACCCCAUAUCGCAGCCUUCAGGUCCUCUUCUUUGGAACCAGUUUGGAUUCAGGACACAGACACACUCUCAACUUUGAUAUUAGCCUUAAAACUUUCCUUUUUAAGAAAGCAUAUAGCUGCUGUCAGCAUAACUGACAAGUCAUGAUUUACUCAGCUGCAGUCAAAAAUCAUAUGACAGUAAAUCAGUAACUCUUCAGUGAGCUCAGUAAACGGUUAAAAACUGCAUCAAAGAUUCAUUCAUGCAUUUUGUUAUAAAGGCAAUAAUUUUCAAUAUUAAAUCUGUAUCUGUUAUCAUUAUGGUGUGCUAUAAUAUUAAUAUCUGCCAUAAACUAUCAUCCAGCAUUCAGAUAUUUUAUGCAGAAUCCCAGCAGAUCGCAGCCAGCAGCCAAUUAUAUUUGUUCCUCAUUCUGAACUUCAGCAGGUCGCCAUGACCGUGUCUACAAGUUUAAAUGCACUGAGCUGCUGCCAUGUGAUUGGCUGAUUAAAUAUCUGCAUUCA